UUUCCUUUUCAAAAUAUAAACAGUAAAUCAUUAAUAAAAGACAAUCAUAUUCCUUAUAAUAAGAGGUUAACGUUAUGUUCGACAAGUGCAGUAUUAAAGGAAUGAAAGGAUAGACUGCGAAAAUGAACAAAGACGGCCAGAGAAUGAUGUCCAUGCGUCUGUCCCGGGUGUUGGGGGACAUCGGUGUCAACAGGUACAUGAUGGACCGAAGAAGGAGGAAGUUGCUUUUGCUAGAGACAAUGAAUACAUUACUGAAUCAACCAGAGCACGGCAACAUCAUUAUGUACAUGUUUGGCAGUCAGACAGAGGGAACUACAACCCUAGGAAUGAAGUCGGACAUUGAUUUGUUGGUAUGUUAUAACGAUGUUCCUGUAAUUUUGGACUGGAGCGAUUGGCAGCAGGGUAGGCCACAUCUUCUCGUAGUAAAGACAGAUGAGACUCCACCCCAACACUGCUGGCUACAGAGGCUGAGAUCAGACCUACCAUUACCAGAGACACAGGUUGAUUCACUUAGUGAUGUGAUUGACAUUGAGGGAAGAGUGCUGCUGACAAACACUCAGAUAGAGUUUCAUGAAUAUCUCAGGAGUGGUGGAGAUGAUCUAGUGCAACAUGGCCCGUCCAAGAGCUGGGAUGAAAACAUCGAUUUUGUUACAGCUUAUCAUUGCAGUAGGCUUCCUGAUGAGUGUCAGUUUCUGUUUCACAGACCACGUCCUGGACACUGGCCAAUACCUUGCACACUGGCCAAGGUCAGACACUCUGGCGUAUUCCUGGUGCCGCAAGGAUAUUCCGAUUCUCCUUCUAGACUAUCCAGGUGUCACUCCACUGCACUCCAUGUCACUCAAGAUGACCUAUACUAUCCACAGUCAAGAUGGGAAUGGAGGUUUUCUACCUCUAUGAUGGAGAGAUUAUUGAUGUUUGACAUGAAUAUUGUGCAGCGCAAGACGUAUGUGUUCAUUAAAAUAUUAAGAAAAACAUUCCUAAAGCCAAUAGUUGGAGACCGUCUUAGCACAUUUCAUAUCAAGACCGCCAUGUUGUUUACCAUUGAGACAUAUCCACCAAAUAUAUGGAGAGAAGACAACCUUAUACAGUGUGUGAUCUACUGUCUUACCUCACUGCGCAGAUGGCUUAAGAUCAACUACUGUCCACACUACACCAUUUCGGGGGUGAAUCUUUUUUCUGGAAAAUUGUUUAGAUUUGAGCCCCCAAUUCUCUCAAACAAAAUCUUAAAAAUGAUCAGUGAAAAUUUCGACUGUAUGUUUCAGAUACGAAUGGACGAUUUAGGUAAAAGGAUUUCUUUACUUGGUAGACACGUGCAUAGUUGUAUGAACAGAAAGGUGGUGCAUGUAGAAACAAAUAUCCAGAUUUCUCAAAUGUUUAUGGGCGGACCACAAAGCAUCAUUGAGAGUCAAACCGUCAAUGAUAAUACACAUAGUUCUUGCCUGAUCGUCAAUAACCUCAGAGUACUACACGAUACCUUCGUCACCAAAACGCCAAUAGAACAAGAAGUAAUUUCUCUCAUAAAACCUUUUAUGUAUGGGACAUUUGCCGCCCUCGUGGCCUCUAAGUGUAUUUAUCUCGGUCAACCAAUAACUGAAGGCACUUUAACCCUGUAUAGUAUAUCGUUGGACUCAGACCUGCUAUCAAGCCGACUAAAGUUUGCCUCAAUGUUGUACUGCAGUGGUCAGUAUGAGGCAGCAGCAGACUGCCUGGCCUACUGUGAGAGCCUGCUGGGGCCUGCAGUGUGGCAAUUCUGUAGUUGUUAUGGACGGAUUAAAAGUAAACCUAGCAACGCAUUCCACGAAAUUUGUUUAAGUUCAUCCACAAAGGACAUGCUACAGAGGUACACAGCUAUGUGUGUACGCUUUACUCAUUUAGAAAAGUGCUGCAUACCAGAACACCUUGUGUAUGAAAUGUUCAGAACAAUAACAGAUGACGAUAGACAAGAACGACAGCCGGAACAUAAAUGGAUGGACUGUGCUGUGAUUGACUGUGUCCCAUUCCUUCACUACAUGCAAUAUCUCUCUUACAGACAGUUGAACCAGCAUGCAUUGAAACAUGCAGCACUUCAAAAUUUAGUUGAAUGUGUACGUGCGAACAGUUAUAGCUAUGGUCACCUCGACACAACCUGUAAUGUGCUGGGGCACUGCUAUGAACUGGAGAACAGGAUUGAUAUAGCUUGGAGAUGCUACACAACAUCUCUAAAUAUCUACCCUACAAACAAUGCUGCCAACUGGUAUGUGGCUAGGCUGUUCUGUAAUGCUUUGAUCAAUCGCUAAAUAACGUUAUAGAUAAAAGGUUUAGAAGUUGAAGGGGAAAGUAUCCAUUCAUUUCAUCUGAAAGUAUUAAACUGUGAUAAUUGAGCAAUGAUUAUCAUUUAGCAUUGUAUGUACUUGAUUUGUUAGUUAGAAUUGCUAAUAUGUAAUA